UGAAGAAGUGAGUGUCGUGUGUUUCUCUACUUUGUGAUUUACUCUCAAUGUUUGUAUAAGGAUCUUUUGUUAGUGGGUGGAAUAUUGUUGAAACAGUCGUGUUGUGGACAUUGCUGACCAUUGCUGACCAUUGCUGACCGUUGCUUCAUGAAUGGACUUUUAACUAUGGAGCCUGUAAUAUUGUGUUUUGGAUAAUUUUGAUGUAGAUUUAGUAAUCUAUGAAAGAAGUAUAUUAAAUAAUAUUAAAAUAAAACAUGGAGAAAUGGGUAUGAAUAGUUUGGUCAACUGUACCAACAAUGGCAUGGUGUGUUCCCAACAUUUACUACAACAACUAUGUGUCCGAUUUAAACCACCAGACUUCCCAAUCUGGAUACAUGAUGUGGAUAAACAACAAUUAUUAGGCAAAUGUCCCAGUUGGAAAACAUAUUCAGCCUUAUGUUUGGGUAUAAGUGAAUCCACUACAACAGAUUUUCAUGAUGCCAAUAUUACUGAUGUCACAACUGAUGACUACAAUGUCAAUGUCACAGAUAUUGAUGUCACCACAUCACCCAGCCCUGUAUAUGAUAUCACCACCCAGUCACCAUCAACACAAUCUCUACUACCAGAUAUCACCAGUACCCUGGAGUAUGAUUUAAAUAAUGGUGUAUCAAAUUUGACGGAAUUCAAUUCAACUACCCAGUCUUUAAUGAAUUUUAAUCAUUCUUUUCUACAAGAGGCUAUAAAUGAAGAUCCUAAAUUGAAAUCUUAUUUUGGUUGGAUUAUUCCUGGAAUAACAUUAAUAUUAGUACUUAUUAUAAUAAUAGCUACUAUAAUCAUUUAUAAAUGGUAUAAUAAAUAUAGUGUAAAAUAUUCCCUUGAAUCUAAUAUAGACUAUGAUAACUUACAUCAGAAAACUAAGAAAAAAGAAAAGUGGAAAGAAAAACAAAGUCCUGAAUUGUUGGAUGUUGAAAAAUGUGUGAUGUUUGUGCCGUCAAAUAGUGAAAUUUUUAUAUCAGAUAGUCAUACACUAGGUGAUAAACCAAUAUUUAGUGAAUCUACUAAUAAUCAAAUAGUAGAUCUUCAGACACAAAGUUUUGGGGAAGAUCCUCUGUAUGUUCUUCCAAACGCUUACACAGAAGUAAAGGAAUCCAAUUUCAUAGAUGAUUUUGAACAAGAUUUUAGUCUUCCACCAUUAAGUUUAGCAACAACUGGAUUAAAAGGAACAUUAGAAACAGGUUUUAUAAAUCCUGCUUAUGAAGGAACAGAAAGUAUUGGAGAUUCUAGUGUGCCAAGAAAGAAGAAAAAACGUCGAUUUUCUUUUUUGAAAAUCUUGAGAAAAACCAAGAAGUGAUAUAUUGUUGAUUUUGUGGUGCUAUAUUGUUAUUAUGUGUUAUUAUUUAUUGAUCAGACCAAUGAUUAUCUUAAAUAAGUUACAACAUGUGAAAUGUGUAGUCCUAGAUGCACAUACUUUUUGAAAUGAUCAACGCAUGUUCUUAUUGUUUUUUUUUUGUGAAAUGUUAAUUCAUGAGUAAGUGUACCAUUACUGUCAAAUUCAAUAACAGCUAGUAAACAGUAUUGAGGGGAAGAAAAUGGACAGGAUAUUUCGUAGUUGAACUUUAUAUUAUUAAUGUAGUGUUUAUAUGAAUAUUGCAUAAUUAACAUUUUUCACUGUU